AGUCCCAUAGAGCCCAGCGGCACCCGCGCAGACUCGGUGAAGCAGCGCGGAUUAGUCCCAGAGGCUAAGGGGCCUUGACUGGGUUGAGCGACGUCUGGAGUGUCUUCUAGAGGGCUUGUGGCAAGGCGGAAGAGGGAGGUCAACAUCAUGUCGAGGCAGGCGAACCGCGGCACUGAGAGCAAGAAAAUGGGAUCGAACUCAGGACCUGGCAUUUACCAGAGCUCUGAACUCUUCACCCUGACCUAUGGGGCUCUUGUCACCCAGCUAUGCAAAGACUAUGAAAAUGAUGAAGAUGUGAAUAAACAGCUGGACAAAAUGGGCUAUAACAUAGGAGUCCGACUGAUUGAAGAUUUUUUGGCACGGUCAAAUGUUGGCAGAUGCCAUGACUUUCGGGAAACUGCAGAUGUCAUCGCCAAGGUGGCGUUCAAGAUGUACUUGGGCAUCACUCCAAGCAUCACUAAUUGGAGCCCAGCUGGUGAUGAAUUCUCCCUCAUUUUAGAAAAUAACCCCUUGGUGGACUUUGUGGAACUUCCUGAUAACCACUCAUCCCUUAUUUAUUCCAAUCUCUUGUGUGGGGUAUUGCGGGGAGCCUUGGAAAUGGUCCAAAUGGCAGUGGAGGCCAAGUUUGUCCAGGACACCCUGAAAGGAGAUGGUGUAACAGAAAUCCGGAUGAGGUUCAUCAGGAGGAUUGAAGACAAUCUCCCAGCUGGAGAAGAGUGACCGUUCUGGACUGGAGAGUAGCCAGCAAGACACUUGUUGAGUGCCCUCUGCCUCUAAAACUCAGUGACUCUAACACAGAUGUUAUAUAUUCUAACCUUGUUUCCAUUUUCCAUGCUAAUAAAGAGCAGACUGAUACAGUCCAGUUUGCCUAGAAGUGUACACAUUCAGGAGGGGAAUUCUUUGUUCCCUUUCCCUUAAAAUGGGCUGGAUGUAAUCAUUGCUGGUUGGAUUAGAAAGAGCUCAAAGCAUUUUACAUUCCUGUGAAUUUUCCAGAGCAAACCUACUUCAACCCCAUUAAGAAAUAAGCCUGAGCUGGGUGUGGUGGCUCACGCCUGUAAUCCCAGCACUGGGAGGCUGAGGCAGUAGGAUCACAAGAUUGAGCUCAGUCUGGGCAGGUUAGUAAUUUAGUGAGAACCUGUCUCAAAAUAAUAAACAGGGCUGUGGAUGUAACUCAGUGCAAAGCCCUGGUUUCAGUCCCCUGUACUGGGGGGAAAAAGAGUGGUAAGCCUGGCACAUUUACCCCUGAACCUUUAUCAAGCUCUUGGCAAAUGGCUGUAGGGAAUCUGGGGGCUUGGGUGAAGGGCUGGGAGAGGGUGGAUGGGAUUACUAGCUGUCCUGUGAUAUGCUGUAGCGUUUGGCAGGACCUGAGAGCCAGUCAUGCCGGAAACACCAGUUUCUGGGAAGCCACCCAGGUCUCAUUCCUCCUUGCUGUUUGGAGGCAGUAUCUCCUCUUUUUACAGAGGGUUCAUCCUUUUUUCUUAAAAUUCUUCAAUAAAGACACAUUCUUGAAUGAAA